AGACCUCUCGCCUUUACUCCUCACCUGCCACACCUGUAAGGGAAUUUACCCGCACGUGGAAUGCCGCCUUGCCCAGCUCCGUUCGAAGAAAGAUACUUGACUCAUCUUAUGGGGGUGUAGAUAUUAUUUUCCUAUUGCUGGUGAUACAUUUCUGUUGCAACGUAAGUCACCUACUGGGCCAUUUUGAGUCAUAGCAUUGGGUGUUCCGUUUCUGUGCUCGUUGGUAGAAAAUAUUAAAAAAACAACAACAACAGGAAAAUAGUUGGAAAAGGAAGAUACUCGUGUUACUUUUUAAAGAAGAGGAAGCUUUUAGAAAGAGAGAGAAAAACAUUAACAUGGAGAUGAUCAACGGGAAAGCAAAGGGCACCAUCAACCCAGGCUUCGAGGGCGACGAGAAGAAAUCGAAAGAUGAAGGCAAGGUGGAGGUCGACUUGGCAGCUAACACAGAGGCUUCCGAAGAACCCUCAAGGGACCAGUGGUCGAACCCCAUCGAGUUCCUUCUGUCUUGCAUCGCCAUGUCCGUCGGCCUCGGGAACGUGUGGCGGUUCCCCUUCGUGGCCUUGGAGAACGGCGGGGGGGCGUUCCUCAUCCCGUACAUCCUCGUCCUUUUGUUCAUCGGCAAACCCCUCUAUUACAUGGAACUUUGUCUCGGCCAGUUCGCCUCGUCGGGAUCGGUGAGGGUGUGGGACCUUGCGCCAGCCUUCCGAGGCGUUGGAUAUGGACAAGCUGUUGCUACGUGGGCUGUUGUGACAUAUUACGUGUCUCUGAUGGCCCUCACCGUCUUCUACUUCUUCGGGUCCUUCUCCAGCGUGUUGCCGUGGUCGGUGUGUCCUCCCGACGUCCAGUUAGACUGCGUCUCCAAGGACGACAAUGUCACUGCCCUUGGACUCAAUGUUUCGACUGUCGUGUCCUCCGCGGAUGAAUAUUUCAAGAACGAGGUCCUGCAGUCCGACCCCAACGGCCUCGAUAACGGCAUCGACGCCCCCGAAUGGCGUCUCUCCCUCUGCCUCCUGUUCUCCUGGAUCGUCCUCUUCGUCAUCCUGGCAAAGGGCGUCCAGGGCUCGGGAAAGGUGGCUUAUUUCACAGCCCUCUUCCCCUACCUCGUCCUCUUCAUCAUGCUAAUCAGGGGCGCCACGCUCCCCGGCUCGCUCGACGGCAUCAUGUUCUUCAUUACGCCCCGCUGGGAAAAGCUCCUUGACCCCGGGGUGUGGUACGCCGCCGUAAACCAGUCCUUCUUCAGCUUGUCCGUGGGCUUUGGCUCCAUCAUCAUGUUCUCGUCGUACAACUCCUUCCGCCACAACGUCUACCGCGACGCCGCCAUCAUCUCCGUGACCGACACCCUGACCUCACUUUUGGCCGGCUUCACUACCUUCGCCAUCCUGGGCCACCUCGCUCACCUUCUGGGGAUCCCGCUCAAGGAUGUCGUCAAGAGCGACGGCACCUCCCUGGCCUUCAUCAGCUACCCGGAGGUGCUCUCGCGCUUCGACUGGGCGCCGCAGCUGUUCGCCGUCUUGUUCUUCCUCAUGCUGUUCACUCUCGGGGUGGGAAGCGCCUCGGCCCUCACCGGCUGCAUCAUUACCAUCAUCUGCGACGAAUUCCCCUCCUUAAAGAGGUGGAUCGUGACCCUCGCCGUGUGUGUCUGCGGCUUCCUGCUCGGCCUUUUCUACGUGACUCCUCAGGGACAGUACAUCCUCACGCUCAUCGACUACUACGGCGCCGGUUUCAUCAUCUUCAUCCUGGCCAUCACCGAAGUGGCUGCCGUCCAGUGGGUGUACGGCAUCAAUAACUUCUGCCGAGAUGUCGAAUUCAUGCUGAAUAGGAAGACCGGCAUCUACUGGAAGUUCUGCUGGGCUUUCCUCAUCCCCGUCCUGCUGGCCUUCAUCUUCAUCUACGGACAGUACAAAGCCGAGCCUCUGAAAGCUUCCGGCUACGUCUUCGGCUCCGGUGCUAAUGCCUUCGGUGUCUGCAUCGCGAUCUUCGCCUGCCUCCUCAUCCCCAUCUUCUUCGUGGUGGAGGUCAUGCGCCGCCGAGACGAGGCCGACUCCCUUCUGGAGGCCAUGAGGAACACCCUCAAGCCCAACGCCGACUGGUGCCCCAAGGACCCCAUCCUCCGCCGGGAGUACCAGCAGUUCAAGGCGUCGCACGAGAAGCCCGAGUUGCAGGGCAUCGACAACCCCCUUCCUCCUGUGGCCUCGUCGUUGUCCUUGGCCUCGCAGAACACCACGGGAUAUGCCGCCCCCGUCACACAGUACAACACUAGCGUCUAAGAACCUGUUUUGCGGAAUCUCAUGUUACCAAAAAGCAAGAGAAAAGAACCACAAAGAUAUUAUUAUUAUUAGUCUAGAAAUGUUUAUAUAGCUCAUCAUAUCAUCAUGUUCUCUGUCACUAUCAUCUAUUAUUCAGCACUGUAUCAUGUAUCAAUAAGUAGGUGUCAUAUAUAUAUAUAAAUAUAUAUAUAUAUAUAUAUAUAUUAUAUAUACAUAUAUAUAUUAUACAUAGUAUAUAUAUGUUAUAAAUAUAUAUAUAUUUAUAUAUAUAUAUAUAUAUAUAUACACACACACACACACACACACACCAAUUGUUUCUGUUUUACAUUUCAUAAAUGUAAUGACGUAAAACUCACUCACACUUGGUUGUGAUAUAUUGUUAUGUAUUCAACAUGCAAUGUGUUAUUUAUAGCCAUUAAUUUAAGUUUUGUAUAUAAACUCUUUCAAUUUAAAUAUAUAUGAAUAUAUAAAUAGUUAAA